UAUGAUCAACUCUUGAGUGUAUGGCAACUGUUCGCAAACACUUUGUAAAGUUUCAGGGAUUCGUGUUUUCCAAACAAAUGCACGAAUUCCUAGAUUUAAGAGUUGACAGCUUGAACGCAGAUACCGGUGCUGUCGAGUGGUGUACAUUGCAUAGCAAAACAUGCAUCUUUGUGUCCGACGACCAUAUCUUCCAAGAAAUGGUUCGGCCUUAUCGUGAGUUUGUGAACUUGUACGUCGGAGUCUUCACUUUCAAUAGAAGUAUGGGGUCACUGGUGGGCGUCAGUGGUAUCGUUGCUAUCGUUGCCAUCAAGACUGGUCUCGAGGAGAUUCUCAGCAAACAGUCAAACCGUUUCUAUUAUAACAUUAAGCCUCUUAUGGGACGAAAAAAGUUUUAA